UUUAGUUUUAGUUUUUCUUUCAACCAAUCUUUGUUUGAAAUGAGUAAAAGAAGUUUAUAGGAUACCAUAUGUACUCCUAUAAUACUCUAGGUACCUCUUAACAAAUAGUUUAUCGUUUUCCAUUGAAAAAUACUAUCUUUAUUCCUGAUUGAAUAACGCAAACACUUAGUAAACUAAAUCAACCCUUACGUUCAUUCAAUUUUAUAAAGCCGCUAUAUGAUUUUGACAACAGUUUUAUUUUUGUUGACUCAAUUAUAUUAAUAUUGAGAUUUUGUGCCAGGUUUUCAUUAGUAUUUUAUUAAAAAUAAAACAAAUAUGCCAGAUGUUUGUUGCGCAUUUGGUUGCAGCAACCGAAGAAGCACACAAAAUGAAGGUUUAAGUUUUUAUCGGAUACCUACAAUGGAAACAGAGCGAAAAUCUCAACUUAGAUUAAGAUGGAUUGCCGCAAUUAGACGAGAAAAAUGGUCAGAAACUGCAAUUAAGAGUGCUCGGAUAUGUAGUGCCCACUUUGUAACAGGAAAGAAAUCUAAUGAUCCCCUUCAUGUAGACUAUGUACCAUCAGUAUUUUCAUUCCAUAAAAUUGCUGAAAGGAGAUCAAAAGCAUCUGUUGAACGAUAUCGGCGAUGUCUUCAACGUGGUUCUAAUAAACAGAAAAAUAAUGUCACUAAUUAUAACACAAAGAAACCUGUCAAUGUAAAUAAUUGUGAAAAUGUAUUAUUCGAAUCAAGUUCAUCAGAAUUAACGUUUGAUUGCCAAGAACCGAACGAAAAAGGUACACAAACAGAAACAGAAUCACAUUGUUCUAAACUUAAACGCAUCGUAUCUAAACAAAAGAUAAUAAUAUCGUUGUUAAAAAAAAAAUUGAAAAAAAAUAGAAUUGAGUUAUUUAAAUCAAAAAGAAAUGUUAAAAUUCUAAGGAGCAAGUUAAUGGAUUAUAAAAAUAUCAAAUUUGAAAAAAAACUUAACUUUUUAACAGGUCUACCAAAGUUUGAAUUAUUUGAUUGGAUUCUGUCUUUCAUGAAAGACCAGGCUGUGAAUCAAGUUGUGAAAUCGUUAUCGUUUGAAAAUCACUUAUUGCUUACUUUAAUGAAAAUUAGACUUGGUGUUACAAACUAUGAUUUAAGUAUAAGGUUUCACAUCACAAAAGAAAAUGUAUCUCUUACAAUCCGAAAAUGGUUACCAAAAUUAUCUGAAGUUUUGAAAAAUCUUAUAGUAUGGCCCAGUAAAGAUCUCCUGAGAGCUAACUUACCAAAAUGCUUUAAAAACUUUAAAAACUGUUGCUGCAUAAUUGACUGCACUGAAAUUUUUAUCGCAAGACCAUUAAAUUUAACAGCGAGAGCACAGACUUACUCUACCUACAAGUCACACAACACAAUAAAAUAUUUAAUUGCUAUGGCACCAGCUGGAACAGUAAGUUUUUUAUCUGCAGGAUGGGGAGGGCGGGUAUCGGACAAAGAAAUAACCCUAAAAUCGGGAUUUUUGGACAAGAUAAUCCAUGGUGAUUGCGUUCUCGCAGAUAGAGGAUUUUUAAUCGAAGAGGAAUUAGCUACAAAAGGAGCUGUGCUAAGAAUACCUUCAUUUACUAGAGGAAAAAGUCAAUUGUCAGCACGUGAUGUAGAUAUAUCAAGGCAGAUAUCUCAUGCUAGAAUACACGUUGAACGUGUUAUUGGUAGAUUAAAAACAUUUAAAAUUUUAUCUACAAACAUUCCAAUAUCACAAGUAGAUUUAUUAGAUCAUAUCAUGGUUAUAAUUUCUGGCAUAAUUAACUUGAAUACUAGUAUUAUGAAAAUGUAAUAAUAUUUUUAUAACAUUGUUGUUAAAUAGUAUUUUAAAUGUUGUCGGUUUUUGUUUUUAUUCAGUUACAACAAAGGCAUACCUCAAUGGGAACUAUAAAUCAUAAAACAAUUUUAAUUCAAAACUUUAUGUGUAAUACCAAAAAAUAAGAAUAAAAAUAAAUAAAUAAAUAAAACAAUAAACUAUUUGUUAAGAGGUACCUAGAGUAUUAUAGGAGUACAUAUGGUAUCCUAUAAACUUCUUUUACUCAUUUCAAACAAAGA